AUGUUUUCACCAUAUGCUAUGUUACUUUUCGCCUCUAUGCAUGCGCUCUUCUUGUUGAAUAGGGAAAUGGAUCUUCAGCUCAAUAUAUCUGCCUAUGUCCCUCCGCAAGCAUCGCCUCCACAAGGUCGGCGCCGGCGCUGUGGCGCGGAGAAACCGGAGAACUACGACCCACCGACAAGAGCACUGAUAACGGUUAUCGGCGACUGCUUGACCGACUUUGCAUGUCUGAGGGACCUUUACAACCUUGGGAUUCAUUCGGAAGAGACAAAAUGGGUCCUUCGUCGGUUAGAAUGCAUAUGUCAUGACCACUACUUGACCGGUUCGCCCCGCACGGAACUUCUUCUAGGCCUCACUCAACUAAACUUGACUCGGGCUCUGAUACAUAAUAUCGAAAUCCUGGGAUAUCAAUCGAUCCUGAUGCAUAACGAUGCGUUGUCUCCUUUCUGUAUCGCUGGCCCCUCACUGGCCGGCAAUGAAGUGAUGUCUCUCCCCGUUAGCUUGCGUCCUACUGCGCUCCAGCUCUCGACUCCUCAUCACCCGUGGCUUGACCUAUUCCCUAGCCCCCAAAUGCGCGAUAAUUUGAUUGUCCUUGAACCAUUGGUGGAUGAAUACGAGCUCUGUGAAGACCUAUGCAACUCGAUGGAAGGAACCGCGGGAAUAUUAGUCUGGAAAGACCCUUGGGAUCCGACCGGCUGGGAGCGCCGGUACGGAUCGAAGGGCCUCCUCGCUUUCAGUCUGCACCCUGGCGGUAUCACCACGGGUCUCCAGCAACACGUCCCUGAUGAAGCUCUCGAGCAGGGCGCUGCUACUACUGUCUGGGCGGCUGUUGCGAAGGCCUUAGAGAAGCAUGGUGGGAAGUAUCUUGAUGAUUGUCAGAUUGCGGGUCCGCAUGAUCCCGAGACUGGACCUAUGGGCGCUGGGUAUGCGCCUUGGGCUUAUGAUGAGGUGAAUGCGACAAAGUUGUGGGAUGUUUCGAUGAAGAUGGUUGGGUUGGAUGGGAAGAACUGA